UUCGCAUCCUAUCAUCAUCGCAUUACUUAAUAACCUAAUUGGCGGUCCCCCGUUUCGAACCGCGGGUCGAUCCUCCCCGAGCUUACUGGCGAGCUGAAGGGAGGAUGGCCGGCAAGCAGGCGCAGGGUGGAAGCCGGCAGAGGAGGAUCGCGGUGGCCGCGGGGGCGGCGCUGGGCACACUGGUCGCAGCCAGGGUGCUGCUCACGCUGCUGCGCGGAGGCAAGGAUCGAGCAGCAGCAGCAGCAGGAGGAGGAGGAGGAGGAGGAUGCAAGGACAUCAAGUUCCGAUCCAGCCUCUCCGCCGCGGAGAUCCUAAGAGCGGUGGAUCACGUCAUUGCAAACUCCAUCCGAGUUCACGACGCCGUCGCCGCUGUGCCCUUGGACCAGGUGACCUACGAGUCGGUGAUUGAGCCCCUGGAAAGGCUGGAAGCUGACGAGUUCAUGGCUGUUCAGUCGUGCGUCUUCCCGAGUCUGGUGAAUCCGGCGAGAGACGUCCGUGAUGCCAGCGUCAAAGCCGAGAAGAUGUUUGAGGCAUACAACGCCAAAUGCAGGCUUCGGGAGGACGUGUACCGCGUUGUCAAGGCCUAUGCUGAGAAGAAAGAGGACCUGCCGCCUGAAACUCUGCGUUUUGUCAACCAUCUGGUCAGGGAUUACGAGAGGCUUGGGCUGCACCUGGCUCCCGAAAUGAGAUCCGAAGUCGACAAGAUCAAGAAAACUAUCGGGGAACUCUGCAUCACCUUCCAGAAAAACCUCGCGCAGCUCAAUGAGGUUCUACUGUUCAACGAGGAUGAGCUUGCGGGUUUACCGAUAACGUUUGUUAAGAACUUGGAGAAGGGCAAGCAUGGCAAGCUCAAGCUUCCCCUCGAUGCUCGCUACUACUUCCCAGUCAUGCAGAAUUGCAAGGUAGGAAGCACGCGCAAGGCAUUGGCAGUGGCAUAUGAUAAACGUUGCAUCGCAGAAAAUCUUCCAAUCUUCCACAACGUGGUGAAGCUACGUCAUCGGCUGGCUCGCCUGCUUGGUUAUCCUAAUCAUGUGGAGUACGUGACCUCCAGCCGUAUGGCCAAGAGUUUUACCAACGUAAAGAACUUCCUCCUCAGCCUUUCGGCAAAGAUGUCGUCAGUUGCAGCAGCAGAGUUGAACAAGCUUCGGGCUCUAAAGAAAGCCGAGGAAGGGGGAGAGGAGUUUGGUAUGGAAGAUCUUCUAUACUAUAUGCAUAGAGUUGAAGAGCUCGAGUUUCAAGCAAUCACGGAAAAGAUCAGAGAAUAUUUUCCCGUGGAGGUUGUUACCAAUGGUCUCUUCCAAAUAUAUCAGGAGCUGUUUGGUCUUACUUUCGAAGAAAUCAAGGAGGAGCGGGGAGCGUGGGAUCCAGAUGUGCGGCUCUUUGCCGUUAGCGAUACAGAUGCGAAGAAGACAAUUGGCUAUUUCUACCUCGAUAUUUAUCACAGGGAUGGAAAGUACUCGCAUGCCUGCGUGUGUCCUCUUCAGCCCUCCUCUACUCGCAGCGGUCAGCUGCCAGUCGCGGCUAUGCUUGCGAACUUCAGGAGAGGACAUGCUGCCCUGCUGAGUUAUCCAGAAGUGGAGACUUUCUUUCACGAAUUCGGUCACGUGAUGCAUCACAUUUGCAGCCGUCCAUCGUUCGCCAGAUUUUCCGGUCUCCGGGUCGAGGAUGAUUUCGUGGAAGCUCCCAGCAAAAUGCUCGAAAAGUGGUGCUCUGAAAAGUCGUCAUUGAAGCGUAUGAGUGGCUUCUAUAAGGACACUAGAGAACCUGUCCCGGACAGCUUUUGCGAGUUACUAGUGCGAAAGAAGAAGACCCAUGCCGGGCUUCUGACGAAAAGGCAGAUCUUGCUAGCAUUGUUCGAUUUGAUCGUGCACUCAAGCGACCAAUUCGAUACUGUUUCCGUUCUCGAGCAGCUCCACACCCAGGUAAUGGAAGGGAUCCCGAUGCUGGAAGGGACGGACUUGAGCGCAUCGUUUACACAUCUCAUGGGCGGGUAUGACGGCACUUACUACAGCUACUUGUGGAAUCAGGUUCUCUCCGAAGACAUGUUUGAGAGUGGCUUUGCUGGUGAAGUGAGCAACUUUUCGGCAGGCAAGGAGUUUCGGGACAAGGUGUUGGUGCCAGGGGCGAGCAAGGACGCAGCGGAGCUUGUGCAUGGUUUUCUGGGGCGAGAACCAUCGUUAAGCGCGUUUGUGAAAAGUAGGGGACUUAAAUGAUAAAAUCUAUGGCUGUCCUACUUAGGUCUUA